AUGGUUGUUCACCACGAAACGCCCGUCCUCGUCGUCGGAGCUGGACCUGCCGGCCUGAUCACGGCGUUCCAGCUGGCCGAGAACGGCGUCGAGUGUAUGCUCGUGGAGCGAAACCUCGACACGACCAAAUGGCCCAAGAUGGACAUUACGAAUUGCCGGAGCAUGGAGCUGUUGAAGCGCCUCAAGGUUGACCAGGGGCUCCGCGAAGUCGGCGUGCCGCAAAAGUACUCGUUCGACGUUCAUUUCAGUUCUGGAUUAGCCGACGGCGAACGCAUUGCAAAAUGGGAUCUUCCCUCGCCAGACUGGUGGCGCGCUCAGAUCAAAGCUCACAAUGAUGGCACCAUGCCCCGUGAGCCAUACCAACGUUGCUCGCAGGCCAUCUUCGAGGCCUGGCUGAAGCCGCGCAUCCAGGCACAACCUCUGAUCGACUCCCACUUUGGCUGGAAGUUUGAGCGCCUGACCGAGUCCGACACGGGCGUCGAGUGCGAACUGACCGACACCAGCGGCGAAACGCACAGGGUCAAGGCUCAGUAUGUCGUUGGUUGCGACGGCGGAGGGAGUCGCGUGCGGAAAGAGAUCGGCAUCAACCUGACAGGAGGGCCAGUCCCUGCAAAACUCUACCUUGUCCACUUCAAGUCUCGCGACCUGAGCCGCAUCCAGAAGCAAGGCCAGUUCUGGCACAUCUUCUUCACCAGCGGACACGUCAUCAUCUCGCAGGACGAGGUCGACACCUGGACCGCGCACACGCCUUUGCCGCUCGACUUUGACGACUCGACCCUCGACCCGAAGGAAGCCGUCUACCGCGUGUUGGGAGGAUCGGGUGCGCCCUGGCCCAUCAAGAUCGACGAGGUGCUCGUAACGAGCACGUGGCGACCCAACAUCUACCUGGCGGACAAGUACAUCUCCCCAAAAGGCCGCGUCUUCCUCUCCGGCGAUGCGGCACACCAGAACAUCCCCACGGGGGGUUACGGCAUGAACACGGCCGUCGGGGACAGCUUCGACAUUGGUUGGAAGCUGGCCGCCGUGUUGUCCGGCCACGGUGGUCCCACGCUGUUACAGUCGUACGAGGACGAGCGACGGCCCGUGGCAGCCAGGAACAUUGAGCGAUCUGGCGUGCACUGGUCGCAACACACGUUCUACAAGGAGCUAGUCGACAAGACGGGAGAUGCCGUCAUUGCGAAGACAGCCGAGGGCGACGACGUGCGGAGACAGAUCGCCGAGUACAUUGUCGCACACGACGGGGAGAACAAGGACCACGGCAUCGAGAUGGGAUACCGGUACAACGGCUCCCCUGUCAUCUUCGCGGACGAGGCCGGCACAACGACCGAGCCCGAGUGGAGCCCGGAGCGUUAUGUGCCCUCGACCUGGCCGGGCGCACGGGCUCCACACGUGUUUUUGAAGGACGGGGAGACCAGCGUGUUCGACCUGUUUGGGAGCGGCAAGGAAUACUCCCUCGUCGACUUUACGCCUCAGGGCCGGUACAUCGGGCUUUUUGAGUCGGAGGCAAAGAAGAUGGGCGUGCCGCUCAAGACGAUCCAUCUGCCCGACGAGCCGCACGUGAGGGUAGUGUGGGAGCGGGACGCCGUGCUCGUCAGACCCGACGACCAUGUCGCAUGGCGAUGUUCGCAGAGUGCGGGAGACGACGAUGAGAAGAAGCUGGACGUCCAACACAUCCUGGCCGUCGUCGUGGGGAAGGGGUCGUCCUCGUCAAAUACAACGACCGUCACCAGUGGUGGUGGCAACCAAGACGAUGCUCUCGCGCGGGUCAAGGAGAAUGGCUUUACCAGCACGGUUGGGAACGUGGAUCACGACAAGGUCGAAGCUCUCGGGGAGUUUCAGCGGUGA